CCGGCCACCCCCGCGUCCCCGUUCAGUGCAAAGCCAGCGCCGUUCCCAGCUGCCAUCGGAGCCGCCUGGGUGACUCAGCAGCCGCGCUGAAAGCUCCCUUAUUUAUUUAAACGGCUGCUCCCGCUCGGCUGAGCAUCUCCUGCAGCGAUGCUGCCGCUGGGCCGGCCCCGGCUGCUGCUUGGCCAGGAGGAGAGAGACACCCGGCGCCCCGAGCCCCCCGGUUUGCCCCGGACACGAUGGCUUUGACUACCUGGGCUCUUGGCCCCACACUGCGGAUCUGUGCCGCCGGCCCUCCUUGCUCCUUGGAGAUGCUGCACGUGGCUGGAGCAGGUGUGUGUGGCUGCUGUGGUGCCCUGCGGCCUCGUUACAAAAGACUCGUUGACAAUAUCUUCCCUGAGGACCCAGAGGAUGGGCUGGUGAAGACCAACAUGGAGAAGCUGACGUUUUAUGCCCUGUCUGCCCCGGAGAAGCUGGAUCGCAUCGGCGCCUACCUCUCCGAGCGGCUCAUCCGAGAUGUGAGCCGGCACCGAUAUGGCUACGUGUGCAUUGCCAUGGAGGCCCUGGAUCAGCUCCUCAUGGCCUGCCACUGCCAGAGCAUCAACCUCUUCGUGGAGAGCUUCCUGAAGAUGGUUGCAAAGCUGCUGGAGUCAGAGAAGCCCAACCUGCAGAUCCUGGGGACCAACUCGUUUGUGAAGUUUGCCAACAUUGAGGAGGACACCCCCUCUUACCACCGCAGCUACGACUUCUUCGUGUCCCGCUUCAGCGAGAUGUGCCACUCCAGCCACGACGACCUGGACAUCCGCACAAAGAUUCGGAUGUCCGGCAUUAAAGGCCUGCAAGGAGUGGUGAGGAAGACAGUGAAUGAUGAACUCCAAGCCAACAUCUGGGACCCACAGCACAUGGACAAAAUUGUGCCCUCGCUGCUCUUCAACUUACAGAACGUAGAAGACACUGAAAGCCGCUCCCCCUCGCCGCUGCAAGCCGCUGAGAAGGAGAAGGAGAGUCCUGCAGAGCUGGCUGAGAGGUGUCUGCGGGAGCUGCUGGGCCGAGCGGCCUACGGCAACAUCAAGAACGCCAUCAAGCCUGUCCUCAUCCACCUGGAUAACCACUCACUCUGGGAGCCGAAGAUCUUCGCCACUUGCUGCUUCAGGAUCAUCAUGUACUCAAUCCAGCCUCAGCACUCCCAUCUCGUGAUCCAGCAGCUCCUGGGGCACCUGGAUGCCAACAGCAAGAGUGCAGCCACGGUGCGAGCAGGCAUCGUGGAGGUCCUCUCAGAGGCAGCUGUGAUCGCAGCCUCUGGAUCUGUUGGCCCCACAGUACUGGAGGUGUUCAACACCCUGCUGAGGCAGCUGCGACUCAGCAUCGACUACGCACUGACCGGGAGCUACGACUGCGCUGCCGGCAUCAGCACCAAGAUCAUCAAGGAGCACGAGGAGAGGAUGUUCCAGGAGGCUGUCAUUAAAACCAUAGGGUCCUUCGCCAGCACGCUGCCCACCUACCAGCAGUCUGAGGUGAUGGUCUUCAUCAUGAACAAGGUGCCUCUGCCCUCCUCACAGCACUCCAUUGAGGAUGGCAAAGCUGGGGAGAACCGUAAUCGGCUGACACAGAUAAUGCUCCUGAAGUCCCUCCUCCAGGUCUCUGUGGGCUUCCAGUGCAGUAACAUGCUGACAGCACUUCCCAGUGCCUUCCUGGACAGGCUGCUCUCUGCAGCCCUCAUGGAAGAUGCUGAGAUCCGUCUCUUUGUCCUGGAGAUCCUCAUCAGCUUCAUUGAUCGCCACGGGAACCGACAGAAGUUCUCCACCAUCAGCACCAUCAGCGACAUCUCAGUCCUGAAGCUGAAAGUGGACAAAUGCUCACGCCAAGAUACCGUCUUCAUGAAGAAGCACGGCCAGCAGCUCUACCGACACAUCUACCUGAUAUGCAAGGAGGAGAGCAAUGUGCAGGCUCACUAUGAGGCUCUGUUCAGCCUCCUGAUGCUCAUCAGCAUUGAGCUGGCUAACGAGGAGGUCAUGGUGGACCUCAUCCGCCUGGUGCUGGCAGUGCAGGAGAUUGCCCAGAUCAAUGAGGACAACCUGACAGCCUACAACCGCUGCGCUCUCUUUGCCCUCGGUGCGGCUUACCUGAACCUCAUCAGCCAGCUCACCACUGUGCCCACCUUCUGCCAGCACAUCCAUGAGGUGAUCCAGAUGCGACAGAAGGAAGCUCCCUAUCUGCUCCCUGAAGAUGUGUUUGUGGAGAAACCCACGUUGAGCAAGAGCCUUGACCGCCUGGGCCCAGAGGUCUUCUUCUGGCAGAGCAAGAUCAGUGAGGUGCUGGGUGGCAGUGGCUACAACUCAGACCGCCUCAGCACACCCUACAUCCCCCAGCUGACAGAUGAAGAUCGCUUGUCCAAGAGGAAGAGCAUUGGUGAGACCAUUUCUCUGCAGGUGGAGGUGGAGUCAAGGAACAGCCCUGAGCGGGAGCAGAGAGCACCAGCAGAGGAGAUCACGUAUGAGACACUGAAGAAGGCAAUAGCAGACAGCGUGGCUGUGGAGGAGCAGGAGCGGGAGCGGAGGCGACAGGUGGUGGAGAAGUUUCAGAAGGCUCCGUUCGAGGAGAUCGCUGCCCACUGUGGAGCCCGGGCGACGCUGCUGCAGAGCAAGCUCAACCAGAUCUUUGAGAUCACCAUACGACCACCUCCAAGCCCCUCUGGUACCAUCACAGCUGCUUAUGGCCAGCCCCAAAACCACUCCAUCCCGGUGUACGAGAUGAAGUUCCCAGACCUGUGCGUGUACUGAAGGUGGCUGUGCUGGUAGAACAGAGCCACCACCCCACAGCUCGCACCAAAGGAGGACCCCUUGGGGAGAGACUGCUGACCCUAGUGGGAACACAUCCUCACAGGGACACAGAGGCCACCCCAAGAUUCACUGACACCACAAACCUGUCUCCCGUGCUUUCUGUUGGGACCUUCUGCAGCCACGUUUUGCAGCGGGGGGUGGUGGGGGAGGUGGGUAUUUGCUGGGACCUCCCUCUCUGGUUUCAUCUUCUGGGGAGAGGAGGUGCUCUGGCUCUGGGCAGAGCAUGUUGGGCCAUGUACAUCUUCCCAGCAUAAAGCAAACCUCUUCCCUGCAUUGUCUGUUGGCCAUCUUGAGAGCCCCUGGCACCGGGCAGGGCUGAAGCUGGAGGGUGUAAAA